AUGAAGAUACUAUUAAGUUCCUCACUUGUUUUCAUUUUGUUGGGCAUAUCCUAUGGACUUAAUAAUGGUCUUGGAAAAACUCCUCAAAUGGGUUGGAAUAGUUGGUAUAAUUUUUGGUGUAAUUAUUCUGAAAAAAGAAUCCAACAAACAGUUGAUAUAAUAGUGAAUAGUGGUCUUGCUGCAGCUGGUUAUGAAUACAUUAAUUUGGAUGAUUGUUGGCAAGUCGGUCGUGAUGCUAACGGUACUAUUCAAGUUGAUCCAGUAGCAUUUCCAAAUGGUAUACAACCUGUAAUUGAUUAUGUUCAUUCACGUAAACUUAAAUUUGGUCUAUAUUCAGAUGCUGGAUAUAAAACAUGUGCUGGUCGACCUGGUUCUUUAGGUUACGAAACUAAAGAUGCAAAUACAUAUGCUUCAUGGAAUGUUGACUAUUUGAAAUAUGAUAAUUGCAAUACAGAUGGAAGUAAACCAGAAGUACGUUAUCCAGUAAUGCGCGAUGCUUUGAAUGCUACUGGUCGAUCCAUAUUUUAUUCUUUAUGUGAAUGGGGUGUCGAUACGCCUGCUCUCUGGGCAGGAGAUGUUGGCAAUAGUUGGCGAACAACUGACGAUAUUUCAGAUACAUGGGAUUCAAUGAUUCAUACCAUCGAUAUAAAUAAUCAAUUUGCUGAUAAAGCAGGACCUGGUGGUUGGAAUGAUCCAGAUAUGCUACGAAUAGGCAAUGGUGGUAUGACAAAUACUGAAUAUAUAACUUAUUUUUCUCUUUGGGCUAUUAGUAAAGCUCCACUUUUAAUUGGUGGCGAUGUAACUAAUAUGAGUCAAACUACUUUAAAUAUUUAUUUAAAUCGUGAAGUAAUUGCUAUCAAUCAAGAUCCAUUAGGAGUACAAGGCAAAAAAGUUGUUAUAUCUUCAUCACAACAAUCAAAUAUUUCAAAUACAGUAUUUAUGACUGAUUGUUCUUCGGUUAAAAGCAUAGAUCAACGUCAGAAAUGGAUCUAUGAUAUAAAUAAUGGACGUAUUCAAUCGAUAAUCGAUGGACGAUGUUUAACUAUUGAAAAAUGUAUCGUUGAUGAUCUAACUAACAUUGUUGUUACUACAUGUUAUGACGACAAUUUAAAAGAACCAUGCCAAGGAAAAAAUCAACAAUGGACAGUCAAUACUAACAAUCAGACGAUUAUUUCUCAACUGAAUGGACAAUGUUUGAACAUUCACAAUGAAAAUAAACGUUUUGUCAAUAUUACUUCUUGCAAUAAACAUAAUAAUUAUACAUGGAUGUGGAAUGAAUCAGAUGGUUUAUUACGUAACACUGAAAAUAAUCAAUGUUUAACUGUUCAACAAAGUAUUGAAAUAUGGGCAGGAUCACUUUCAGAUGGAUCUCAAGCUGUUCUAUUGCUCAAUCGUAACAGUACUAAUAGUGAAAUCAUUACAGUUAAAUGGGCUGAUUUGGGAUGGCCUGCGAAUCAAUGGGCUCGAGUACGAGAUUUAUGGGCUCGACAAGAUAUAGGCAUAUUUUACAGUAGUUAUACAUCACCAAACAUUGAACGACAUGCUGUACAAAUGCUCAAAAUCACACCGAUUUUUUAA